AUGUUGAGUAAAGUCGUCGGACAAAAAUAUGUGUCUAUUGCCAAGUCAUGGAUCCCAACACUUGCUAUCUGGGGUACAGUCGGUGGCGUAGCUGUGGUCCAUUUCACAGACUGGCGAGUCGUUUUGGACUAUGUUCCCUACAUCAACGGCAAGUUCAAGAAGGACAACUAG